AUGCACUUCCUCCUCCUCGGUGCCAGCGGCCGAACCGGCCAGCUCGUCCUCUCCGCCGCCCUCGCCAAGAACCACACCCUCACAGCCCUGGUCCGGAACCCCACAACCUUCCCAACAACAACAACAACAACCUCCGCAAACCUCACCCUCAUCCCAGGCUCCCCAACCUCAUCCGCAGACCUCUCGACAGCCCUCUCAACAACAACCACCCCCAUCGACGCAGUAAUAAUAACCCUCGCCAUAGCCCGCAAAUCCGACUCGCCCUUCUCCGCACUCGCCUCCCCGGCCUUCCUCAUCCGCGACACAGUCCGCGCCCUGCUCCCGCAAAUGAAAGCUCACGGCGUGCGGAGGCUGAUCGUGAUGUCGACGUUCGGGGCGGGGGCGUCCUGGAAGCAUCUGGCGUGGCCGAUGAAGGCGGUUAUGAAGUGGUCGAAUAUGGCGUAUGUGCUGGAGGAUCAUGAUGCGGUGGAAAGGGAGGUGAGGGGGAGUGAAGGGGUGGAGUGGGUUUUGGUUAAGCCGGCUAUGUUGAAGGAUGGGGAGGCGAAGGCUGUGAGGGAGUUUGGGGAGGGGGGUGAGGGGGUGGGGUUGUUGGAUGGGAUUACUAGGGAGAGUGUUGCGAAGGUUUUGGUGGAGGCUGCUGAGGGGGAGGACUGGGAUGAGAGGAUUGUCGUGAUUGCGAACUGA